AUGUCCAUUCUCACCUCGCGACAGCAGACAGAACUCCACAAGGCCAUUCUCCAGUAUAUGGAGCCUCUUCUAGAAGAAGAGCCCGAAACGCUUCAGAAACUCUCGCGCACGCUUGGAGUCGACUCAGACGACACAAUUGUGCCACGGUAUCUCGAGAAGAAAUGGGCCACGGUGCUCCGGCUCCAGAAGAAAAUCCUUGAUCUCGAAAACGAAACAGACACAUACAAGGCGCUUCUAGCCGCCACGCCACAAAACGUGGCUGCAAAAGACAGAAGUGACUGGCUUCCGAGCGCAGCCACACGCAAAUUUGCCACUGCGUCCACCCAGUACGUCACGGCCGUCAGCAUCCACCCGCAAUUGCCGUGGAUCGUAGCUGCGUGCGCCGACGGCAGUGUUGUGGCAUGGGACGUGGCCGCUGCAGACCCCACGGUGCCUAUACGAACGUGGCACGCCCAUACAAGGAGCGCCAAUGCGCUAGCGUGGUCACACGUGCCUCUUAGCCUCACAGACAAGGAGGAGUACGUUCUUGCAUCGUGUCUGGCGGAUCUCACAAUCAAGAUUUGGGCAGGCGACCAGUUUCGCCACGUCCGCACACUCACGGGCCAUGACCACACGGUGUCUGCGCUUGCGUUCUCGAAAUCGUCGCCCAACACCCUUUACUCUGUUCUGCGAGACAAGACUGUGAAAGUAUGGGACGUUGUUUCGGGCCACUGCUUGCGCACGUUCGUGGGCCACAGCGACUGGGUCCGAGACGUUGAUGUGGUGCUGGGCCACGUGGGCGAUUUCCUUUUGACCUGCUCCAAUGACCAGUCCGUCCGGCUUCUGCACGAUUCCGGCGCGGGAUUGGCUGUGCUGGUGGGCCAUUCUCAUGUGGUGGAGGCUGCACGGUUCUUGCCGCCCCUGGCGGGUGCUCAUGUCGAUGCUUACCUCCUCAAAAACAUGGAUCGCUUCCCGUAUCUCUCCGAGGCCAUUGUGUCCAACGCCGAUUACGCACAGCUAGGCUUCAAGUACGCGGUUUCUGCCGGCCGCGACAAUAUGGUCAAGCUCUGGCUUCUUCCGCCGCCGCAGCUCCGGGCCAACCGCCCACCGCAGCCCUCGGUCCAGAACAAUGCGCAUGCGUGGCACAUUGCAGACUUGGUUGGGCCACAGACUGUGGGUGCGGACACUUGCCGUCCAUCCAAGCGGGCGGUAUCUCUUUAG